CAACAAACCUUUGACAAAAAUGAAAUUCAACUUUCCUCGUCUUUAAUUUCCUUACCAUGGAUUUUUCACAUUAACCCAGUUUAUCAAGGUUUAGAUAUAUGCUUACCUUAACAACCGAUUUUAAUUGCCUUGAUUAAGUAAUCAGGAUCAUUGGUUUUCCAAGCCCUGUUUCUUUGAGACCUGAGUCGUAAGAGCUUACCAAUGGAAACUCAGACGGAGAAGGUCUAUGUUGCAGUUGGAAACGAUAUACAAGAUGGAUUUAAGACCUUGGCUUGGACACUAAGAAGGUGGAAUUCUCAAGCAAUCUCCAUAGUCCUCCUCCAUGUUGCUUACAACAUUUCCAAGGACUUUGUUUACACACCAUUUGGAAAGCUUCCGGUAAGCGCGGUGAGUGAAGAGAAGCUGGAAGUCUUGAGGAAGUAUGAGCAAGAGAAGACAGACAAGUUACUGUCCAAGUAUAUAGCUUUCUGUGGCAAGGUAAAAACUGAGAUAUUGAAAGUUGAGAAAUAUGAUGAACCUAUCCACAAGCUCAUAGUAGAUUUGAUGUCAGGACUCAGAAUUGGGAAGCUUGUCAUGGGAAUGACAUUCAUGAAAUCCUCAUCAUGGAGAUCAAGGAGUGCAAUAAGUGGGUCAUUCUAUGUUCAUCAGUACAAACCCCUUUUUUGCGAGCUUUACAUUAUCUGUGGGGGGAAAUUGGUGGUCCUCAAGGGAAAUAUCGAUGAAGGGUUCAUGGAGGAUGAUCAAGGAAUCAUGGUUGCAAAAAUAGGAGAAAAGCCAAGUCUUAGAAAUUUGUUAGGAAAAAUCUUCAGUGAAAAUUCCUCUAGCAGACGGCAAAAAUGUUCCUGUCCUCCGCCAUCAAAUCAGGAUUCACCAAAGAACCAGUGGGAAGAUAAUGUGAAAGAGCUUGACAACUAUUUCCAGCAUUUAUUGUCUUUAAAUUUGGAUGAGGAGAAUGAUCAUCUGUUGCAAACUAAUCCAGUGGAGCCAGACUCACAAGAAAACACAAAUUCCAACAUGAAUGCUGAAGAAAAAAUGGAAACUCUGCAAAGUAAAAUAGAUGAAGCUCAUGAGACUAUUCAGUUGAAGAGGAAAGAAGCUAAGGCUAAUGCUGAAAGACAUGCAAAAGCUGAAUGGGCUAUAAUCUUAUGCAAUACCCGGGCUGAGGAACUUGAAACUCAGAUAAAAGAAGAGGUCACCAAGCGGUUGGAAAUAAGAAGAAUUUUGGACAUUGAAAAAGAACAACUUCAUGAAGUUAUCAGAGAUGUGGAAGAGAGCAAAAACAGGCUAAAUUCACUCAUGGAACUCCAAGCUGAGCUAUCAAGCAAACUCCAGAUAUCAAGUAUGGCAAGGGCACAUGCCGAGGCUCAGCUAGAAAAGGCUGUAGUUACAAGAGCAGAGAUGGUAAGGGAAAUUGAGGAGUUGAGGCGACAAAGAGAUGUUCUUCAACGUAGAAUUGAGUUCUGUAGAGAAAAAGAUGCACUCGGGAUGGUUGCAAGGUUGACUGAAUUAAGCUGCAGCUACAGAGAGUACACAGCUGAGGACAUCAGGUUGGCGACUGAUGGUUUUUCGGAGCGUUUGAGGUUGAAAUCAGGAGGGGAUUGGUUGAAUGUAUAUCGAGGACGAAUCAAUCAUUCAACAGUUGCAAUCAAGACACUCGUUUCUGCUAAUAGAUUGUCUCAACAAGAUUUUCAAGCUAAGGUGAGGCUUCUUAACGACAUCCGACAUCCGCAUUUGGUCGCCAUGAUGGGUUUCUGCUCCGAGCUACAAUGCAUAAUCUAUGAAUACAUGCAUAAUGGUAGCUUGAGAGACAUUUUAUUUGCCUCCCAAAGAAACUGUAGGAAAACGAACAGAAACAGGGUCCUUGGGUGGCAUGACCGGAUCCGUAUAGCCCACGAGGUUUGCUCUGGCUUGGCCUUCCUGCACUUGGCUGAGCCCAGGCCUAUUGUUCAUGGUCAACUCACCCCGUCCAACAUCCUCCUGGACCGUAAUCUUGUUGCAAAGAUUAGUGGUUAUGGCAUGACUCAGCACCAUGAUCAGUAUGAUCUGAGAUCAGAUAUUCGGGCUCUCGGGGUUUUAUUGAUGCACAUGUUAACUGGGAGAAAUUGGGCCGGGCUGAUUGAAGAUGACAUGAUGAUCCAGGGGGCGGCCCUUGCUCGCGUUUUGGAUGAGAAGGCAGGGAAAUGGCCCUUGGAUUUGGCAGUGGAGCUUGCAGGGAUAUCCAUGAAAUGCUUAUCUGUUAGCCGUGGGCUCAACACAGAUUUGCAGAUUGCAACUGUGAUGAAAGAGUUAGACGAGCUGAAAAAGAAAGCUGAUGAGCUGGUGGCUAGAGGAGGACUUGAAGUGGUGAGCAAGGAAAAUGUAGGCAUAGAAGAUUCAAGUGAUGUACCAGGUGUUUUCCUCUGCCCCAUAUUCCAGGAAGUGAUGAAAAAUCCACAUGUGGCAGCUGAUGGUUUUUCAUACGAAUUGGAAGCCAUAGACGAAUGGUUCAAGUUGGGGCAUGAUACAUCUCCCAUGACAAAUUUGAGUCUUAAGCACAAAUUCCUGACCCCAAAUCACACCCUCCGUUGCCUCAUACAAGAAUGGCAGAAUAAGGGAUCAAAUUUGCCUUGUUGAUAUAAAAACAUUAUUGUCUUUACUUUGCAGAUUUGAAGAUUUACAUUCGGGUUUCCUCA